GGGGAGCAGAGAGAAGGGAGAAGAGGGGAGGGUAGGACGGGCUGGGCCAGGCUGCGGGGCUCCAAGGAGGCUGCGAGGGGAGCGCACGGCAGCCAGUGCCACAUCACAGCUUUCAGUUGAGGCCGUAGCGGACAAAGGGCGCCCCCCCAUGUGGCCACCAUUCCCGCUUCUGCUGGGGCUGCUCGGCUCCCUGACCGGGCUAACGGCUGCUGGUCCCAGCUGUAAGCCCGAUCAGGAUACCAUCGGAGAAUGCCACAGUUCCUCAACUGCAGAAAAUGCCAAAUGUGCAAACCUUGAGCUUCUCUACUGCAAUGAUGUAUCCUACAACAAGACUUCCUAUCCUAACCUGCUGGAUCAGAAGUCCCGAGAGGUGGUUGAAUUCAGCUCCGAGUACAUCCUCUUGAGUGUUAUUCACAACUUGCUCCAAGGAGAAUGUAACCCAGAUCUGCGGUUCCUGGGCUGUUCCAUCUUGGCUCCUCGAUGCGAAGGAGGCAGAGUCAUGAGACCCUGCAGGCACGUCUGUGAGAGCUUGAGGAAGAGUUGCCAACCUGCCUUUGAUGGGAUUGACAUGGCCUGGCCCUACUUUCUGGACUGCGAUCGCUUCUUUGUCAGUCAAGAGGAAGGAUGCUAUAACCCCUUAGAAAAAUUGAGAGGAGGCAUAGAUGACACUGACGGGCUGUCCUCAAACAUUUCCUCCACAUUUAUCCAGUUUACACACCACUCCUACCCACAGAUGGUGAGGGUGCUGAAGAAGACAGCUUCCAGAUGCUCUCACAUCGCCAGGACCUACAGCAUUGGUCGCAGCUUUGAUGGGAAGGAUCUUCUUGUGAUUGAGUUUUCAGAUCGACCAGGCCAUCAUGAAUUACUUGAACCUGAAUUUAAGUACAUUGGCAACAUCCAUGGAAACGAAGUGACUGGGAAGGAGAUGCUCAUCUACCUUGCUCAGUAUCUGUGCUCAGAGUACCUGCUGGGCAAUCCACGAGUCCAACACCUUAUUAACAACACUCGGAUUCACCUGCUACCUUCCAUGAACCCUGAUGGCUAUGAUGUAGCAGCAGCAGAGUUUCAUGGUGCAGGAUAUAAUGGAUGGACAAAUGGCCGUCAAAACUCUCAGCAUCUGGACCUCAACCGUGACUUCCCUGACUUGACUUCAGAAUAUUACCGUCUAGCGAGUACACGAGGAGUUCGAACUGACCAUAUUCCCAUUUCACAGUACUACUGGUGGGGUAAGGUGGCUCCAGAGACCAAAGCCAUCAUGAAGUGGAUGAAGGCCAUUCCAUUUGUGCUGUCAGCCAGUCUCCAUGGGGGUGACUUAGUGGUUUCAUAUCCCUUUGAUUUCUCAAAGCAUCCCCUGGAAGAAAAAAUGUUCUCCCCCACACCUGAUGAGAAGAUGUUCAGGUUACUGUCCAGAGCCUAUGCCAAUGUUCACCCCAUGAUGAUGGAUGCAUCAGAGAACAGAUGUGGUGGCAACUUUCUGAAAAGGGGAAGUAUUAUCAAUGGUGCUGACUGGUAUAGCUUUACAGGAGGUAUGUCCGAUUUCAAUUAUCUUCACACCAACUGCUUUGAAAUAACCGUGGAGUUGGGCUGUGUGAAAUUUCCCCCCGAGGAAGCCCUCUAUACGCUCUGGCAACACAACAAAGAAUCACUCCUAAAUUUCAUGGAAAUGGUGCACCGAGGAAUUAAAGGUACUGUAACAGAUAAAUUUGGAAAACCUAUCAAAAAUGCACGCAUUCUGGUCAGAGGAAUCCGCCAUGAUAUUACUACAGCUGCUGAUGGUGAUUACUGGAGGCUCUUGCCCCCCGGCACUCAUAUUGUCAUCGCCCAAGCCCCAGGUUACACCAAGAUGAUCAAGAAAGUUACCAUCCCCCUUAGGAUGAAGAGGGCUGGCAGGGUAGACUUUAUCCUUCAUCCUUUAGAUCUACAUCCCAAGAAGUUCAUGAAAGGGCCUAGGAGAAAUGGCUACAAGAGACAUGACCCACUAGAGGAUUUUGAUCCCCAUGCAGAAAACAAUGGAGACUUUUUAGAUGAAAGGAAGAGACCUUUACAGGAUGGAAAUAAGCCAUGGUGGUGGUCCUAUUUCACCUCCCUGAAUCAUCACAAGCCCACCUGGCUCCUCAAGUAUCAGUAGACUCAUGGCUUCCAUUUCCUUGUGAUGCUCUUCCCACAAAAAUGAUCCUUUUACCAGCCUGCAUGGUAGGGGCAUCAUCUCAAUGAUCAUCUCAAGAAUUAAACAAUUGCAACAGGAAAACCCAAAUGCCAAUUUCUCCAUUUUUUCUGUAUUUUUUUCGGGGGGUCAAUUUUACUGCCCUCACUGGAUUGACAUUCAUUAAAAAUGGUUGUAUCUGCCACCAACUAUAAUGAAGUUCUCCUUGAUUCUGCUAUGAUACAUUCAAUGAUGAUGAUACUUGAAUUCUCCAAAGUAUCUGUGAUAUUACAGGUACCCUUGCUGCCAUCUUGGAGUCAAAAAGAGCAUCCUUCAUCAUUCACAUACCUCACCGGAAGUGGCCAGAGGAGUUCAUUUCACGACUACGUACUGGUAUGAUGCAGGGUGCAGUAGAAGACCUUGGCAUCUUAGACGCUGGACCAACCUCUAAGUACUUGAAUUCUCCAAAUGGGGUACUCUCACCAGGAAAUACUGGACAGAUUCAGCUGAUUAACUCCACCACGAUAAUAUUCCUAACAACUCACAUUUCUUUAGUACUUUGAGUUACCAAGUACCAUCCUCAUAAUAAAUCUUGUAAGGUAGAAAGAGCAAA